CGCAAACUCGGUCUCAACCUUUAAGUCCUUACUGAAGACUCAUCUCUUCAGUGGGUCAUAUGAUUGAGUAGUCUGACCCAGGAAUGGAAGGUGAAGGGAAAGAUUACUGUUAUAAUAUAUGCCAUUUAGCAGACACUUAUGUCCAAAGCGUGCAUAGAUUUGAGGUAUUUUGGUGGUUCCGGGAAUCUCACCCACUACCCUGCAUUACAAGCUCCAUACAUUACCAACUGAGAUAAAAGAACCUGUAAUAUGGACUUCCUCUAUAACCAACUUCAUUACCAGAAUGCAACUACUAACUAAAUAUCACUUUUUCCUUUUGUCAAUUAUGUACCUGCCUUAGAUACACAUGUCAUAUAAAGUGAGAUGUGGCCUGUAGUUGGUCAUCUGUCCAGCAGAGGGCUCGUUGCCUGUGGUCACGGCCCAGAAUGAUAGGUUGUAUUUGGCAUACUCCUCCAGGAACCUGAGGGAGAGGAAGUAGAAUGAAUACUCAGAGAGAGGGGGAAAAGUCCAACUCCUCUGUAAGGCUCCAUGUGCCCAGUAUGAUACCUGACAUAGUAUUUAGUCCAGGUUUAGGUGUAUAUACUGUAUGAUACCUGACAUAGUAUUUAGCCCAGGUUAAGGUGUGUAUACUGUAUGAAUCCUGACAUAGUAUUUAGCCCAGGUUAAGGUGUGUAUACUGUAUGAUACCUGACAUAGUAUUUAGCCCAGGUUAAGGUGUGUAUACUGUAUGAUACCUGACAUAGUAUUUAGUUCAGGUUUAGGUAUGUGUACUGUAUGAUACCUGACAUAGUAUUUAGUUGAGGUUAAGGUGUGUAUACUGUAUGAUACCUGACAUAGUAUUUAGCCCAGGUCUUGUGCUCCUUGCCCCCAGGCUGGCCCUUCAAAGAGCCCUUGCUAGAGAGAGCACUGUUGGUUUGCAACCAUGCGGGGUCGCUCCAGGAAUUGGCCAGCAGAGACAGGGGUCGGAGUGACAGGACCUAGGCUCGCUGCAGCAAGGGGAUCUGGGAUUGGACCAACAACAGGAAGUGUUGUGGGUAGAUACAUUUAAGAUGACUUGUGUCCAGGUCUCUCUUGAGCCUUGUGUCCAGAUCUCUCUUGAGCCUUGUGUCCAGAUCUCUCUUGAGCCUUGUGUUCAGAUCUCUCUUGAGCCUUGUGUCCAGGUCUCUCUUGAGCCUUGUGUCCAGGUCUCUCUUGGGCCUUGUGUCCAGGUCUCUCUUGGGCCUUGUGUUCAGAUCUCUCUUGGGCCUUGUGUCCUGGUCUCUCUUGGGCCUUGUGUUCAGAUCUCUCUUGAGCCUUGUGUCCUGGUCUCUCUUGAGCCUUGUGUCCAGGUCUCUCUUGAGCCUUGUGUCCAGGUCUCUCUUGAGCCUUGUGUUCAGAUCUCUCUUGGGCCUUGUGUCCUGGUCUCUCUUGAGCCUUGUGUCCUGGUCUCUCUUGAGCCUUGUGUCCAGGUCUCUCUUGAGCCUUGUGUCCAGAUCUCUCUUGGGCCUUGUGUCCAGGUCUCUCUUGAGCCUUGUGUCCAGGUCUCUCUUGAGCCUUGUGUCCAGGUCUCUCUUGAGCCUUGUGUCCUGGUCUCUCUUGAGCCUUGUGUUCAGAUCUCUCUUGGGCCUUGUGUCCUGGUCUCUCUUGAGCCUUGUGUCCAGGUCACGCUUGAGCCUUGUGUCCAGGUCACGCUUGAGCCUUGUGUCCAGGUCUCUCUUGAGCCUUGUGUCCUGGUCUCUCUUGAGCCUUGUAUCGAGGUCUCUCUUGAGCCUUGUGUCCAGGUCUCUCUUGAGCCUUGUGUCCAGGUCUCUCAUGAGCAGCCUUGUGUCCUGGUCUCUCUUGAGCCUUGUAUCGAGGUCUCUCUUGAGCCUUGUGUCCAGGUCUCUCUUGAGCCUUGUGUCCAGGUCUCCCUUGAGUCCAUGUCUCUUGUGAUAGAAAAACAACCGGCUCAGAGGCUCACAGACUGUUGA